GGAGUGCGCCCACCGUGUUGCGGGUGUAUGUGCGUGCAUUUGUCUCCCGGUUUGGAUCACGAUGAUGCAAAGUGCGGCGGUCCUACCGACAGAGAGUCCUGUAAAGAGUUUACCGGAGAUUCUCGGAGUGCCACUGCAACAGAUCCCUCAGUGUGCGGGCUGUAGUCAGCACAUCCUGGACAAGUUCAUCCUGAAGGUGCUGGACAGACACUGGCACUCCAAGUGCCUCAAGUGCGCCGACUGUCAGACUCCGCUGGCGGACAAAUGUUUCUCCCGGGCAGGAGGCGUCUACUGCAAGGAGGAUUUCUUCAAGCGUUUUGGAACAAAAUGUGCAUCAUGCCAACAGGGGAUCCCUCCAACACAGGUUGUGCGGAAGGCGCAGGACUUUGUGUAUCACCUGCACUGUUUCGCCUGCAUCAUGUGCAGUCGGCAGCUGGCCACCGGAGACGAGUUUUACCUCAUGGAAGAUGGGAGGCUGGUGUGCAAGGUGGAUUAUGAGACUGCAAAACAAAACGAUGAUUCAGAGGCGGGGACCAAGCGACCAAGGACCACCAUCACUGCGAAGCAGCUGGAGACCCUCAAAAGUGCCUACAAAAACUCGCCGAAGCCAGCACGCCACGUCAGAGAGCAGCUGUCUUCGGAGACUGGGCUGGACAUGAGAGUAGUGCAGGUUUGGUUCCAGAACCGACGAGCAAAGGAAAAGCGUCUGAAGAAGGACGCAGGCCGGCAUCGCUGGACUCAGUUUUAUAAAAGUGUCAAACGUAGCCGAGGAGGAGCUAAAGUGGAGAAGGAGAGCUCGGCCGACGACGCAGGACUCAGUGACAGCGAACUGAGCUUCAGAGAUGACCAGGUGCUGUCAGAUCUCGGCCACGCCAACGGGCUUUACGGGAGCGUCGGCGACGUGACCAACAGCGCGGUGCUGAACGGCGGUUUCUCUGUCGAUGCAUCGGGCCAGCCCUACCACGACAUCCGAGCAGGAAGUCCCUACGGUCUCCCUCAGUCGCCCUCCUCCAUCACCUCUGUGCCCGGCCACACCCCUCUCCUCAACAACCUGGGCUUCAGCAUGGACAGUCUGGUGGCCGCACAGGGGGGGCCAGGCGGCGUGGGGCAGGCUCUGAGGGCCAUGGCGGGGGGCCCCACCUCAGACCUCUCUACGGGCAGCAGUACGGGAUACCCUGACUUCCCCACCAGCCCCGCCUCAUGGCUGGACGAGAUGGACCAUUCCCAGUUUUGAGUCUCAAAAACACAGCGGAAGAUCGCUGUGGGGAUACGACAAAACAGACUCACAAGGCUUUUUACAUUUCUUUCUAUCAUCCUCCAAGACUGGUAUGGUUUGUGAUGUUGGGUAAAGAGCGGAAGGAAGAGCAGAAGGAAGAGAAGAAGUGUGUGUCCCUCAGCAGUCGUGAGGUAACAUCCUGGUCGAGAUGUGUAGUCCGGAGAAAAGCAGUGAAGAACACCUCCACAGCACUGAAUGUUCAGUCUCAACACUGUAUCAUACAACUUUUGUUAUCACCUGACUUCAUUUUGUUCUUUUACUCUCUGAAAAUGAGACUGGAUUUCCAAUAUGUCGAUGGAUUACACUCACAGGGGCGGUAACAUUGUCUCGUCCUCUCCCAAAAAUAAACCAUCCCUGUCUAACAGCUACAACAAUAGGGCUACAAUCUAGAUGAAAGUCCCUAUGAGACCCAGGAGGCACCUGCAUGCUUCUGAAUUCAUGAGUAGAAAUGAGUAGGACUGCUGUCUGGCCAUAUCAAAGCCUUUACAUUGGCAAUGCACUUUACUCUCCUCUUCUUUUUCUACACAUGUGGACAGGAAUGCAGAGGAAAAAGAGAGAAAAAGGAGGAGAGACAUAUGCACAAGGCAAAAACACAGUGUUUCAUUGGGAGAGAAAUUUACAAGAACAGUGGCACAAGUGUGAAUUUUGAACCAUGCUGAUGUUUUUUUAAUGUAUUGCUGAAGCUUACAAGUUAUUAGGAAGUAGAUGGUCCGUCCGUCCGUUCGUCUGUCUGUCCGUAGAAGUCGAUGUCUCCUCUGUUUGACUGAGGGCGAACAUUGUUUGCUACACAGCAGGUCUCUCUUCUAUAUUUAUAGGUGCUUGACUUGUUCUUGUCUGUGUAAAAGCUGUCUGAGAGCGGACAUCUGUCAGUAUUAAAUUAUCUGUUUCCAGACUCACCAGGAAUCAAAGCUUUUGUGUUGGAGGACAGUCAAGACGUUUCGGGUUUGGAGAAAUUCUAGUGAUAUAUCACACAUUUAAAUUAAUUAAUUUACUCUCUUGAAUGCACAGAUGUAUGACGAGGAGAUAUACAUUUAUAAGACAUGCAGAAUCCUUUGCAGAUAUUGUUGAGCAAAUACAAAACAUAUAUUUGACAUUCAAAAAUGCCGAUAAGUAUUAGCAGGAACAUUGAUAAAAAUUCUCUAUGUGUUAGCUCUUCUGUUCUGUCAAUCUGACCCAAGCUUCUCUUGGUAAUCUACUCAGUCAAGCAGAGCUCUAGCUUUGUCUGCUAUCAUCCUACUUACUGACCCCAGAUGUGUUGUCAGCCUGUUCCUCCCACUGCCUGGCCUCCAUGUCAGAGGGAUUACCACAGAGCCACCCCCUCCCCACACACAGAGCUGAUACUCGACCGAAGCAUCAAGCAUUGGCAUGUCUACUGGGCUGAUACGUUUCUUACAGCUCAGGCCGCAUCUUAAAGUCCCACAACAAUGCAGGACAUCAGAGACAGCUUUGCAAAAAGUAGACCCCCUGUUUCUGAUUUUCCUGAAAUGCAAAUUUUCUUUGAGCUGUAAGAGGAAACAGGGUUGAUCUGUCCUGUUGACCACAUCAAAAACAGUGGAUAUCUUAAUCCGAGGGAUGGUUUGCUUAAAAACACAUCAACAGAAUCUUAUCUUCACUUCUGUUUCUAUUUGUAUACUGAAGAAAAGAAAUCAAAAUCGUACCUAUUUGGUCACCUUUUCUCGAAAAAUUGCCAAGUCCUUUUUCUACCAGAGCAUCCUAUUUAAAAGCCAGAAAGAAAAUCAACAAACAUUUUGAAAACUGUAGAUUACAGCCCACAGUUUACAGUGUAAUUAUUUACUGAAAACAUGGUAUCAAUAAAAUACUUAUGCUCCCCGUGUAACUACACUGGGAUUAACCUGAACGCACAGGGGAAGAAGACAAGAGGAUAGGGAGUAAAGGGGUAACAACUUUAUGUUUAAAAGGGACUUAAAUUACAUUAAUUGCCUAUUUUCCAGUUCCUGAGUAUCUGUUUUGAUAAUUAUGGAG